AUGACGUCACGUAAGGGAAGUGCGGAAGUGAGACGCGUUGGACUUCGGAGCCAAGAUGGCGGCGCAGGUGGACUUGGUUCGCCUGGAGGCUUUCCCGCCUCACUUGAGUCCGCUCGACGUGUUGGUGUCAAGAUGGCAGCUCCGUUCGCUUUUCCCCCACGACCACUCGGGCCCCCCGACCAUCCUCUUCACCCCGCGGCGGCCGCCUCCUCGGCCCCGUGCGCCCUCCGUCCUGUUUCGCGUCCGGGCUGUCAGCGACCAGGAGGCGGCGGUCUUCGAGGGAGCAGCCCCCGGAGCCCCGUCGCCGUCGUCUGAGGCCCGAGUGAGGCUCUUCGCCAGCGGCUUGUUCCUGCGGCUCCGCGGCCUCCCGGCGGCGGGGAGCCGCGGGACGGCGCGACACGUGCCGCCCGUGAGUCUGGACGAGGUGGUGCUGGGAGUCCGCGGCGGCAGCAGGGACGACGCCGACCGCUUCGCCGCGAAGCUGCUGGAGCUUUGCCGGUCUGAAUGCUGUGUGCUGGCCCGCCAAGGAGAGCCGCUGGUCGGGGAGCAACCGGGGCAGAUGGCCGACGCGCUGGUGUUGUCGUGCGGCCCGGUCACGCAGGGUCGCAUCACGGCCGACACCGCCGUUGUCCUGGGCGACUGCGGCGAUUGGCCCGACGCGCCUCACCUGGCCCCGCCGCCCAGGAAGCUCCAGCUCUGCGCCUCGGACUUCGCUCACGAUGCCGCCGGCCUGGGAAGGGGGCGCUCUCUCCUGGACGGCGCCAGGCGUCGGGCAUCCGGCGGCAUCCUGGAGGAGGCGGAGCGGCGGCUGGAUGUUCGUGUGACGGAUGUGGGGCGGUGGCUCGAGGCGGAAGGUCGCCACGACGAAGACGCGGACGCUCGCUUGUACGUCGGCGGACGCACGCUGCUCAGGCUGGGACUGUUCGACGGCGAGUGGGUCAAGCUGCAGUCGGCGGGCCAAGGGGCCAGAUGGCGAGCGGCCGCCCUCGCCGCGCAACGCUCGGACCUGGCAGGCGAUGAUGGUGGCGGCGGCGUGUCGGAGACAUUGUGGUUCAACCUGACGAGAGGUGAAGAGACGCCGGGCGCCACCUGCUGCCUCACGCUCAAGGUGCACACGUGGAGGCGGCCUCCAGACGGCGCCGGUGAAUCUGACACUUCCUGUCGCUCCGCCUCACCUCCAUUGGCCAGCGAGCUUCACCUCCGGCCCGUGGCGUCGCCGCACUGCCGGCGGCCGGGUCGCUACGGGGACUUGCUGGCCGCACACUUCUCCGUCCCCAGGUUGGUGGCGCCGGGGGAUGUCCUGCGCGUUCCCACCCGGAAUCACCCAGACCUCCUGGAGGACAACUCUGACAGGUGUCGGACGCUGUUGUUUUUGGUGCAGAAGGUGUGUCCUCCUGACCAGACAAAAGAAGAAGCUGACUGUUUUUACCUUGCUGACACAGCACACACGUCCCUCUUCAUGGGGCCGCCAAUCAACUGCCUGGUGCCCUGCAGAGCGGCAGAGCUGUGGAGUGGCCCUUCACCUCCGGGUCUCGAGCGGACGGUAGACGCCAUCAGCCACAUCCUUCGCCCACACCGACACAGCGGCUCCCUCCCGGCAUGCAGGCUCCUGGUCCACGGGCCGGCAGGAAGUGGCAAAGUGACGGCCGUCGUGGCAUCCAGCUCCAGGCUCCACCUACAGCUAAUCAAGGUGGACUGCGUUGGCGUGUGUGGCGACACGGCCGCCGCCACGGAGGCGCGCUUGACAUCCUUGUUGGAGCGCGCUGACGCCUUGCAGCCUUGCGUCCUUCUGCUCAGGAAUCUGCAGCUCCUCCUGCGGUCUCGCGGGGGCGUCGACGACGAUGCCCGCGUCCAGGCGGCGCUUUGCCACGUGCUCUGCAGCGCCCCCAGCAGGGUGGCGGUGGUGGCGACCAUCUGCAAACUGCGCCAGCUGCCCGCCGGCAUCGCGGCGGCGUUUGUCCACCAGGUGGCGCUACAGAGUCCCACCGAGGAUCAGCGCCGGGUCAUUCUGACGCGGCUGUGUCGGGACGUUGACCUUGCCCGUGACGUCGACCUGGAAAGAAUCGCCCAAGUCACGGCCGGUUUGGUGUUGGGCGACUUGUGCACCCUGCUGGUGGAGGCCAGCCGUGCGGCGUGCCGACGACUGGUCCCGGCUUGUCGGGGUCUGCGUGAGGACGACGUGCGCGCCGGCGGCGUGACCGUUCGGCAGCGAGACUUCCUGGCGGCUCUGCAGACCUUACAGGAUGUCCGAUCGGAGGCCGUCGGCGCCCCCGGGAUUCCAGCCGUGCACUGGGAGGACGUGGGCGGCCUGGAGCAGGCCAAGAAGGACAUUCUGGACACCGUCCAACUUCCUCUGCAGCGUCCGGAGCUCUUGUCUCUCAACCUGAACCGGACCGGAAUUCUGCUCUACGGGCCUCCGGGCACGGGCAAGACUCUGCUGGCCAAGGCCGUGGCCACGGAAUGUUCCAUGACCUUCCUCAGCGUGAAAGGUCCGGAGCUGCUCAACAUGUACGUCGGGCAGAGCGAGGAGAACAUUCGAGAAGUGUUCGAGAGAGCGCACUCGGCGGCGCCGUGCGUGGUCUUCUUCGACGAACUGGACUCUCUGGCGCCCAGCAGGGGGCGCAGCGGGGACUCUGGCGGGGUGAUGGACAGGGUGGUCGCUCAGCUGCUGGCCGAGCUGGACGCUCUGAACGCUUCGGCCAGAGUUUUUGUCAUCGGCGCCACCAACCGACCCGACUUGCUCGACCAAUCCCUGCUUAGGCCCGGAAGGUUUGACAAGCUGGUCUACGUCGGGAUCAACCGAGACCCCGGCUCGCAGCUGCAAGUCCUCCGAGCCGUCCUCAGAAACUUUCACCUGGACGACGGUGUGGACCUGCCGCAGGUUUUGGCGUUUUGCCCCGCCCACAUGAGCGGCGCCGACCUGUACGCGCUGUGUUCGGACGCCAUGACGGCUGCUAUCAAAAGGAAGAUCUGCGCCGUGGAGCGCGGUAGGAUGGAGGGGGGCAAAGGUUUGGACUCGGAGGAUUCGCCGCUACGCCUCACCGUGGACGACUUCGGCGCAGCGCUCCGUGACUUCCUACCGUCGCUGUCGCAAGAGGAAGCGAUGCGAUACCAACGCCUUCAACGCAGCGCCUGACGCGACGGGAAGUCGGCCGCUGUCACGACGAAACCUUCAAUCGUGUAUAUGACCAAUAAACACGAAGCUUACUUGAA